AUGUUUAAAGGGAACGAGCCGUCCAGACUCGCUGGCCUCUGUCAGCAAGAGAUCCGGGAUCUGCGAGCCCAGGUGGACGAGUUGAACAAUGAAAAAUCUCACAUUCUCAUUGAACGAGAUAAUAUCGACGAAGACUCGCAGAAACUCCGAGGCAAGUUUGAGGAUGAGAUCCGAGCGCGCGAGGAGGCAGAGCUGACGCUCAGAUCCUACAAGAAAGAUGUGGAGGAUGCCACCAUGGUGCGCGUGGACCUGGAGAGAAAGGUCGAGUCCCUCUUGGACGAGAUCAAUUUUAUGAGGAAAGUGCAUGAUGAAGAGGUGACGGAGUUGACUAGUAUGAUCCAGGCAGCCCAGAUAUCUGUGGAAGUAGAGUUAUCCAAGCCGGAUCUGACCUCGGCCCUCAAAGAGAUCCGUGGGCAGUAUGAAACCCUCGCGUCUAAGAACCUUCAGUCUGCCGAGGAAUGGUACAAAUCAAAGUUCACCAGCCUCAACGAACAGGCCACUAGAACCAACGAGGCCAUGAGAGCCACAAGAGAGGAGAUCAACGACUACAGGCGACAACUACAGUCCAGAACCAUUGAAAUCGAAACCUUGCAAGGAACAAAUGAGUCACUUGAACGACAGAUCCGCGAGAUGGAAGAUGCACACAAUGCCGAGGUCGCAGGUUAUCAGGUAGAAACAUAAAAAUGACAUAUCAUUUUGGAG